CCACACAGCAACGCGCAAGUCUUUCCUCUAAUAAGAGCUGACCAUGGUACAUGAUGCUGAACCAGCAACCACUCAAGUCACCAGAUGGGUCUAUUCAAUAAGUUUUCCAAGUCUGGAGAGACGACCAUUCUAUUGUCCAUGGAUGUCAUAGUGUUCAUUGUGGAUCCGACUAACUCGGGAAAGAGUGAGUUUCUGAACGCCCUUUUGCAAAAUGUGAAGGUGCAUUUUCGGAUGAAUGGCGGCCGGAGACCCUGCACCCCGAUGGUCGACGUGUUAAGGUGUCGUCUCGAAGGAAAGCAGAACAACAUAGUUCUUGUGGACCCGUCAUCCUUCUACACAUACGAAAGCGCAGAUGCGGAGGAAAGCAUGUCACAGUGGACGGGUUCGAAUUGUACGAAGCCGGAAGCGGCUGGAAUCCUGUACAUUCAUAAGAUCACAUCAAGCCAACACGAUGUAAGCUCGGAUGUCUCCAGACAUCUCCGCGCUUUCGGGCCCACUAGCACCGUUCAUGUUGUGCCGACUAUAUCUUCUGGAACAAACCUGUCAGCUGAGGAGAUCAGUACGUCGCUGGCACAACUUCAGCGUCAAGCAGAAGACGCAGGUGCAUCAAUGUUUGGGUCCGUGUUUGACGGAAGACUCGGGCAGGCGUGGGACAUUGUACAGGGCCUUUUGAACAUCUUGGAACGAAAGGGUCACUAGUCCCAGGAGAAGGAGAAAGCAGCUCCGGAGAAAGAGCAUCUUGCUGCUCUCGAGAAAGAAAACAAGGCAAUUCCGGAGGUGAAGAAAGGGACGCUGGAGAAGCACGUUACAAUUAGGUUGAGGAACACUCCCUUGGAACACUCCGGCCAUCAUUCACCUGUCGUCAACCCCACUGAUCUGCCUGAACGGUUCAAGGGAAACAGAAAUCAAGCGGAUUUAGACAACACGAUUACCUGCGGACGCCCCACUUCCCCAGAGCAGCAAGAGCGCCCUGUGUAUCUUGCCAACCU